UGGAUGACGCGGUGACUGGGAACGUCGGUGGCGCUCACUCGCAUCUGGGAGCAUCGUAGAACCGGAUCAGGCGUCGGCGAAGAGGGAUGGAGAGGACUCUGUCAAUGUGUUCGUCCUACUGAGCGGAAUUACUUUCCAGGACUCAGGUUGUCCUGCUAAACUGACGGGAGUCUGCAUCUUCACCCGACCAAAGACAAGAAUGCCUAUCUUGGAGAAACAACUGUCCCAAGGCCGCAAGGACAGCGCUGCCUUGCCCAAGGUUCCGGUCCCCUCUCUACACCAGACGCUGAAUAUGUACUUGCGGUGUAUGAGGCACCUGGUGCCGGAUCAGAAGUUCCGGGACACACAAGCCAUCGUGGAGAAGUUCGGAAAAGCUGGAGGCAUUGGCGAGAUACUCCAGAGAAAACUGCAAGAGCGCAGGGAUCGAACUGAAAACUGGGUGUAUGACUAUUGGCUCCAUGAUAUGUACUUGAACAGCCGAUUAGCACUGCCAGUAAACUCCAGCCCUGUCAUGGUCCUCCCCAAACAGUCCUUUACAGACAGAAAGGACUCGCUCAGAUUCGCUGCUCGCCUUGUUGCAGGAGUUCUGGAGUAUAAGGCCAUGCUCGACACAGGGGCUCUGCCUGCGGAGAAGGCCCGUGGCCAGCUGAGUCCCGGGGUGCAGUGGGACUCGCUCUGCAUGGAGCAGUACUCCCGCGUCUUCAACUGCUACCGCCGGCCCGGCCUCAAACAGGACACGCAGCUCAACUACCGGACCAGCGCCGGAGCCCAGCCGGAAUACAUCAUAGUGGCCUGCAAGAACCAGUUCUUCGUGUUGGACGUGGUGGUGAAGUCCCGUCAGCUGGGCGAGGCGGAGCUGCUGGUGCAACUGGAGCGUAUCUCCAAGAUGGCGGAGAACGCGGAGGAGAGGCUGCCCGCCAUGGGCCUCCUGACGUCGGACGGCCGCACCGACUGGGCGCAGGCCAGGGACAUCCUUGUGAAAGACGCCACCAACCGAGAGACGCUGGACCUGAUUGAGCGGAGCGUGUGCGUGGUGUGUCUGGACGAGCCGUGCGGCGCCGAGCCGAGCGACUCUAACCGCGCCGUCUUCAUGCUGCACGGCGGGGGCCACGACAAGAACGGGGCCAACCGCUGGUACGACAAACCAAUGCAGUUUGUUGUAGGAGCUGAUGGUGUGUGUGGCGUGGUGUGUGAACACUCCCAAUUUGAGGGCAUCGUUCUGGUGCAGUGCACAGAGUACCUGGUGAAAUACCUAUCGGAAAGCCCCGGUAAGCCUGUCUCGGCCCCGGCCGGCGUCACGGACCUGCCCGCUCCUCGUAGGCUCCAGUGGAAGUGCUCGCCACAGAUCCAGGGCCUGUUGGCCUCCUCAGCAGACAGACUGCAGAGGCUGGUGAGAAACCUGGACAUGGAUGUGCACACGUUUGAAUCCUAUGGGAAAGAGUUCAUCAAGAAGCAGAGGAUGAGCCCGGACGCCUACAUACAAGUGGCUCUGCAGCUGGCCUUUUAUAAGUGUAACGCCCGCGCGGUGCCCACCUAUGAGAGUGCCUCCAUCCGCCGCUUCCACCAGGGCAGAGUGGACAACAUCCGCUCCGCCACGCCCGAGGCCCUGGCCUUCGUCAGGUCCAUGACGGAUGAGCUGAACAUGCACACUGAUGCUGUGAGGUUGACUCGAUUGCGGGAUGCCAUCAAGGCUCAAACUGACUACACUGUUUUGGCAAUUACAGGGAAUGGCAUAGACAAUCAUUUGCUUGGACUCCGAGAGAUGGCCCAGGAACUCGGCAUGGACAGGCUCGACCUCUUCAAGGAUGAAACCUACCUGCUGAGCAAUCAGUUCAUCCUCUCCACCAGUCAGGUGCCCACCACCAUGGACAUAUUCUGCUGCUAUGGUCCAGUGGUCCCCAACGGCUACGGCGCCUGCUACAACCCUCAGGCCGACCACAUCCUCUUCUGCGUGUCCAGCUUCCGCGAGAGCACGGAGACCAGCUCCGCCGUGUUCACCCGCGCCCUGGACCUCAGCCUGCUGGAGCUUGCUGACCUGUGCAGCAAAAAGGCCGCCAUCUCUGGACCCCUGGGCACGUGCUCCUCCGCCACCGGAACUCCCACGGCAACACCCGUUAAAAGUAAAAUCAAGUAAAAGGAAAGAAAGGAAAGUCAGCCAUACUGUAGCUACUGAGGCCUUCAAGUGACACAGAGAAGGAAAUGACCGUGUCUGUGCCCUUACAGUAUAUACUACUACAGAAUUGUUCACUGUUCAUGAUCAUGUACAAUAUGCUACAAUAGUCUUUUAUUGCAUAUGCCGUAUUUUAGGACCCUCUCUGUCUAACAAAACCCUGACAGAACCAGUGGUUGACUACACCACUAUAUGUGCCAGUAGCGUUUAUUUUUGUAAUUAAUGUAGCUAAUUUAGCUCAUUUAAAGUGUUCAGUUUCUUGCAAAGCGCCUUGAUGCUUAUAUGUGAAAAACACUGCAUAAGUAAAUAGAAUAGAACUCACUAUAAAUAUAGUAUGAGAGACGUAUAAUAUAAUAUAGGCCUACUGUAUGUAAACUACACUGUACACAUUGUAUGUACGUACAUACAGUAUGUAACUGUAACUAGUGGUUACUGUAACUUAUCCAUAGCAUGAAAAAAAAAAACAAUCAUUGUAGUUCACAUAAGGGUAACAAGAGGGAGCUGAUUUAGCUCCAGGUGACCUGUGCUUCAGGUCUUCAGGUAGGAGACUAUUACAUUUAGAGUGAAAUCGCACCUAUCACCAGAGUUGCACCCACUCAGGUGUAGGGUACCAUGGUAAUCUCUUUCUUUUGGUCUCUCUCUCUCUCUCUCUCUCUCUCUUUCUCUUUCUCUCUUUAUCUAACUAUCUCUCUCACUCUCACUCACCCUCCUGUUUUUCUAUUGGCUAGCUCUCAUCCAUCCUAGUAAGACAGAAUGUCCUCAAACGUGACAACAGGGGCAUCAGAGGACCUUCCUUUGGUAGAUGUGCAAUAUUCACCCAGAGAUUUCUGCACAGAGAAGUCACAAAUUGUCUGUGCAGAUUUGUCCGAAGAAAGAGAAAAGGAAGAUGGUGAAAAAAACUCAACUGCAUAUGAGAGAGCGUAGAUAGAGAGAGCGUGCAGCAGAGGAUUAUCCAUCACAUAUAUUCGCUUUUUUAAGCAGCCAAAGAUGAAAGUUGAUGAGGACUUUUGAAGGGGCGUAUGCACUUUAUUGUACAGAAAUACUUCCUGCUUUGAAAUGUGUGGUGCUGAGGAACAUUGAUUCAUAAUGAUAAAAAAGGAACAACCCAGAAAAAAGAAAUGGGUAUGAGCAUAAAUUAAUUAACUGACUUUUCCCUCAAUUUUUGCAAUCAUUGUUGGAUGUCAGUACAUUGGUUUCAACCAUCAGACAUUAUCUCUGCUGAAUGUAAAAGAUAAGACAAAAUAAGGGUAGCGUGGUCUAUACUGUAUGAUAGCAAUAGUGAUUACAAAGAUAUAUACAGAAGCUAUUUAUGUAUUGUGUGUGUGUGUGUGUGUGUGUGUGUGUGUGUGUGUGUGUUUAUUUCUUGUGGUAUCAGUCUUCAUUGUCUCAUAUGGGACAUUGAGUAAAUCGAUAUUAACAAUAGUGCAAUAACAAUGAUGAUGCAGGUAUUGCAAUGUAAAGAAAAACAUAAAUCUGAAGAAGAGAGAGAAAACAAAAUAUGUGUAUGUUGUGAAAUGUAAAUGUUGAAUGUGUUCGAGAUGUUACACCUCUGAAGAAUUGUGUAUGUAGUUGAUGCACUGUAUUCCUUAAAAAAAAAAAAAAGGUUGUCGAUUCAGACACUGGGAAAUAUUCUAGUCUAUAUUCUGUCUCAAAUGCCAGGUCAGGUAUAGCCCUAAGCGUUAUGUUGUUCAACAGUGAUAUGUUGUCCCAGUAUGUUCUGUUCACUCUUAUGCAAAUUGAAUGUUUGAAACUGUAAUACUUUUUGUUCCAAAGCUGUUCCUAUAAUGUUAAGAAGAAAAUAUGAUAAUAGGUUGUUCUUGCAAUGUUCUUGUUAACCAGUAGCAGUUUAUAAACUUGUGUUGGUUAAAUGGUACAAUGUAAUAACAAAUGUGAAUUCAUUCUUGUGGUAUUGUUUGAAUGGAUCUACUAUGAGAUUAAAUAAUUGUGAAUGAAUUAUUUUUGUAUGGUAGAAUUUUAAUUGUAUUAAGAUUGCCAUCAAAUAUAUUGUAUUGUAAAAUAUAUAAGUAUAUUGUGCUACUGAUUUCAAUAUAUAUAUAUAUAAAAAAAUAAAACUGAAUUGAA